CGUGGCGUCAGGAAGAAGAGGGGCAGGCAAAGAAGAUGGAGGAGACGAGCGGCCCGUUAAGGCGGGUGGGCGGGCUUGUCCUGAGAUUGACAAGGGGAGGAACCACUCGCAGCGCGCUGCCGAGAAGAGCGACGGCAAGGAGAGCCAAUGAGCGUGCGCUGGCCACGCAAGGGGUGGGCCUGACGAGCGGAAGGCUGCUGGCGGCUGCUGCAGUUCUACGAAUAGUUUGAUGAAAACAUGGACAAUCAACAGGAUGGCAUUAACAGAUCAACUUGCAAUGGAAUUUCUGUUCCUGAAAAGAAAAUAAACUCCUUAGUGGCUGAAGGUCAUGGGAUACAAAUUUUAAAAGUACUGCAAAGGUUCAGAGAACAAAAUAUUUUUUUUGACUUUAAAAUACUUGUGAAAGAUGAAAUUAUUCCUUGUCAUCGUUGCGUGCUGGCAGCAUGCAGUGACUUUUUCAGAGCCAUGUUUGAAGUUAACAUGAAAGAAAGAGAUGAUGGGAGCGUUACUAUAAGUAAUUUGUCACCUAAGGCAGUGAAGGCUUUUCUUGAUUAUGCCUAUACAGGAAAAACAGAAAUAACAAAUGAUAAUGUGGAAAUGCUCUUCCAGUUGUCGUCAUUUCUUCAAAUUUCACUCCUUUCCAAAGCUUGCAGUGACUUUCUAGUAAAAACUAUCGAUCUUGUCAAUUGUUUACAAUUGCUUUCCUUGUCAGAAAGUUAUGGGUCUGUUCAUUUGUUUGAUCAUACACUAGAAUUUGCACUGCACCAUUUUUCCUUGUUGCUCAGAUCAGCUGAUUUCUUGGAGAUGAAUUUUGAGAUAUUACAAAAAUGUCUUGAAGCAGAUGAACUAAAUGUCCCUGAGGAAGAAACUGUGCUGAAAGCUGUCCUUCAGUGGACCAAACAUAACUUAGAAACAAGACAGAAGCAUCUGCCUCAGUUGAUUAAAAAAGUGAGAUUACAUCAUUUAUCUGAAAAGACCCUGCAGGACUUUUUGCACUCUGAAGAACAUUUGUUUAAGAGUGCUAAUUGCUUAGUAAUAAUGAAAGAUGCAAUUAAAAGUGUGCAAAAUUCCAGUGGACUGUUUCCAGAUGCUCGCCCUUCAACAACAGAAAAAUAUAUAUUUGUUCACAAAACGGAAGAAAAUGGAGAAAUUAGAUGAUCUCCAAGUUAUUUUAAAACUACACUUGAUCAGAAAGUACUUUACAGUCCUCCCACUAAAAUGCAAGUACCUCAUUGUUAGAACACACCAGCUUUUUGUUAGUUCAAAACAGCUAUAUAGCACAAAUUAGGAAAAGUGCAUAACAUAGUAUGGAGUGUAUAUGCAUUGUCACAACUUCGGUGUUAGGUUUCAUCACAAAUACAGGACCUGAUUCUCUAUUGUUUUGCCAUUUUGGGGCACAUCCAGAUGAGCAUGCAUGUGUAUUUCUCCAAUGCCAAAUAGCAGGGGCACAUAGUUGUGCCCCAACUAUGUGUCCAUGGGGAAUGCUCGUGCACAUGCACUCUGUCACACAGGAAGUUGCCCCGGAUGGGGUAGGAAAAACUAGGGCCAGCACCUGGGCUGGCCCCAUCAGCCUUACCUGUGGUUCUUGGGGCUUCUCAGAGCUCUAGUGGCGGCGAUCCAGCACGUGGAACCUGGCUCUUGCUGGCCAGACUCCAGUUUCGGGUGAUGCAUGCUGCCACCACGUGUGCCAGCCCACUUUUUUGACACUGGGAUCUCCCACUGUCAAACUGCCCCCCCAGCACAGUGAACGCCUGCAUGUACAACGCUUGCAGUUUGCAGCACUGCAAACAUGUCUGCAGCACCUCAUACCACAUGUGCACACUUGUCUGGAUGUGCCCUUGCGGUCUUUGCCUAAUAUAAUGUAAGCGUAGAAUUGAUGUAAAAUAAGAAAAAGAAGAGAAAUCUGUGAUUCUCAGUAUAAUAGGUGUGCAUGACUACACAAGACACACAGAGAGAAAUAGAUCCAUAACUUUUUUUCUUAAUUGGAACUAUUAUGGACAACUUACCAAGCUACAGAGUGAGCUUUGAGUAAGAUAGAAGGGUCAUAAAGACUAAUCCGUACAGCACACACUCAUAACUUGGAUGUCUAAUUUUAAACACUGAAUGGUUCUUUUUUUUCCUGACACUCAAUAGGUAAAUCUCACCAUAAUUUAUAUCUGGUAAUUCUUCAAAUAUUAAUAAUGAAACAUUAUUCUUCGUAUAAAAAUAAAUGUGUUUCUUGCAUGUUUGUCUUAAAGCUGUGCUACAUUUUUCAUUCCUAGUAAAUGACUUAGAAAUGUCUUUAAAUCCAAGGAAACAUUUGUAAACAAUAAGGCUUACCUAAGAUUGAGAAUGAAAUUGAGUGAUUUCUUUCAUUACAUUUUCAAUUCAAGAGGGGAAAUAAUACCUAAAAUAUACAUUAAAAGACAUAUGGCAAUAAUAUGGAGUUUUACUAAUUUAAAAAUGGAUGAUCAGUUUCUCUGCUUGAUUUAUCUACCUGAAUUUAAUCAGUUACACCACAAGAAAAUUUUGCCCACCAUUUCAGGACAACACUUCAGUUAAACAUUUUAAUUAAUGUUAUGCCUAUUCAAUGAGUGUAUUUUAUUUUUUUCUCUGAUACAGAAAGUAUAUGACCUUAGGUGGUAGUUAAAAUAACCCUAGAUUAAAAAUACCCAAAUGGAAUAAUAGGUGUUCCUCAGGCUAGCCUUUGGAUGCACUGAUAAUAUAUAUAUAUGAUCCAGUUCCAUACCCAUCACAAUUGUAGUCAUGGAUAUUACAAAUUCUGGCUACAGAUACUAAUAAGUCUGAUGAUUCACACAACCCUGAGUGUGGUGGUGACACAAAUACAGGAACUGACUCUGGGAAGUCUUUCAUGAAUUUCAAAAGUUUUCUUUGAGUACAGACUGUUGUAGUGAUCAAGAAAUAAUAUAGUUGUAUUAGUUAAAGUACUUGGUAAUUUCUGUUGCCUCCAGCGAAGCUGAUAUACAAUGACAUGAUUUUUCUAUUGCUAUGCAGUUCUGUUGUGCAGAAAAAUUUAAUUGGCACGUCUGUCUUCAGAGAGAACAGAACUGGACCCAAAUUUAGGCAUGUUACAUUAAAAAACAGGUGUCAUAAUAGAGUUAAGGUCCCACCCUUUUUCAACUCCUUCUAUGAGUAAUCCUUAAUCAUGCAAGUAAUCUCAGUGAAAUAAACAUAACUGUUGAAAUAAGCAAGGAUUAUUUCCAUGAGUUCUAGUUGCAGGAUUAAAUCAUAACUAGUAAAUAAAUGUAUUACACAAUUACAAUAGUUACAAAUUAAUGCAAAUCAUUUGUUUUAAUUAUUUAGUUUGAUAUUUCUAAACUAAAGCACAUUAUUCUUUUUUAAAAGUCCAAAAAAUGUAAAUUUAAGUAUUGUACAUCUUUUUGCUGGAUUAUUCUGAUAUUUAUUUGAAAAAUUACUUGCAUGUAAAUGUAUAUAGUCUUUUUGCACUUAUAUAAUGUAACCAAAACAAGAAAUGUUAAAUAUUCACAUACAUUAUGUAAAAAAUAAAAAAUUACAGCAUGAUGAGUAUAAUAUACAUUAAAGUGAUGUCAUGUAAGUGAUUUCUUUAAUACCCAGUUAUUAUUUUAUUGGAUUAUCUUAAAAUUGAAAGAAUGCUACCCCAGUUUUAAGGCAUUUUGGUAACAUAUAACCAAUUUUAAGUUUUGGUAGUUAUCACAAAUGCCAAUAUUAAAAUAUUUUAUGUUGAACCAUUAUGUUUGCAGACUUAGCACAUUUUGGUUUGUAUUUAUUUAAUCAUGUGUUUAUUUUCUGCUUAUAAAUAAAUGUUAGUAACCAGUUAAGCAGGGAUGGGCAAAAUGCAGCCCAUAGGCCUGAUACAGCCUGUCAGGCCACUCUAUCUGGCCUGCGGGGCCCCUAAAAUAUUUAGAAAAUUAAUAUUUAUCUGCCCCUGGCUGCCUGUCAUGUGGUCCUCGAUGGCUCGCCAAAACUCAGUAAGCAGCCCUCCGCCCGAAAUAAUUGCCGGCCCCUGAGUUAACGGCAGGUUAAAGAUUAGUUGUGUUUGCAAGGGAUGCAUCUGCAUUUGCAAUUAGUGCGCAGCACAUUGAGCCAGGUCAGAGCAGGGGGAUCCAGGGGUCAGCCUGCCAGCCCCCUGGCUCAGCGUGCUGCAGAGGGGCUGGCUGGGGCACAAGGGUACAUAAGUGGGGGCCUAGCUGGAAGGCAGCCUCUGCACUGAAGUACCUUCAUGCCCCAGUCAGUCCAGGCAGCAUCUCCAUGUGUACUGCUGCAGGGUGAAAAAACUCCACAGCAGGAUAGUACUUGUAUUUAAAAGUACUAUCCUGCUGUAGAGUUAAUUAAUCUACUACGGCCUAAUAGGGGCAUGCAUGUAGAUGUGUGACGCUUAUUGAUCAGCUAAUUAAUCAACUGCACAGUAAAUGUGUAGACAUGCCCAAGAUGGGGUUGAUUUAGUGACUCAAAUUUAUGCCUGGUGUGUUUCCAUGAGGAAACCUUUACAAAUUGCUCUGAUAAAUAUCGUUGCAUUAUACAGAAAUGGAGACUUGCACAGGAAAGAUGUGUGGCCUAAAUUAUUCAAAGGUGCUUUAAAUAUUGGCUGUCUUGAGAGCUUCAUGAUUUAUUUUUAUUAAAAUCAUUGGAGUUACAGCAGGUGAAAAUUUGGUACAUGUUUCUAUUUGAACAUUUUUCUCACACUGCAUUUUUCCCAAUAUCUGAUAAGAAGUAUAGAUCGGUAACAUUAAUAUGCCAUAGUUUUAUAUAAUGUUGGUGCUCCAAAGUCAAAAAAUAUUACCAAUGAUAUUGCAU